GCUAUUACAGCCCUUAAGAAAGGAGCAUAUCUCUUAAAAUAUGGAAGGAGAGGGAAACCAAAGUUCUGUCCUUUUCGGCUUGCUAAUGACGAGUCUUUAUUGAUAUGGUACUCUGGAAAAGAGGAGAAGCAUCUUAAACUAAGUCAUGUUUCAAGAAUAAUACCUGGACAGCGUACUGCAAUAUUUAAGCGCUAUCCACGCCCCGAGAAAGAAUAUCAAUCAUUUUCUCUUAUAUACAGUGACAGAUCAUUGGAUUUGAUAUGUAAGGAUAAAGACGAAGCUGAGGUAUGGUUUGUUGGUCUGAAGGCAUUGAUUUCACGCGGUAGCUACCCCAACUGGAGAAAUGAAUCAAGGAUUGAUAGAAUUUCAUCAGAUAGUCCAUGUGGCAGUACUCAAAGAAACUCCCACAAUUUUUUUACCUGUGGCAGUAGUGAUACCUUUCAUAAGGAUCCUGGAGUUACCGAACGAAUUCAGAUUCCUCAUGAGAGUUCUCCACGUAGUGGUCUGAGAAAGGCAUUCUCUGAUGUGAUAUCAUAUACUGCAGUUGCCAAGGGUUCUACUCAAUCAGAAGCAGUUGCCAACUCUCUUGGUUCAUUCUCAUCUUCUACUGCUGAUGAUUCAAAUGGCCGGGCUUCUACAGUUGAUAAUUUUCGAGUUAGUCUAUCUAGUGCAGUAAGCCCAUCAAGCCAGGGAUCUUGUCAUGAUGAUCUUGAUGCACUGGGUGAUGUUUUUAUCUGGGGAGAAGGCAUUGGUGAAGGGGUCCUGGGUGGUGGUAUGCUCAGAAUUGGAAGUUCAUCUGCCCCCAAGAUGGAUGCACUUCUUCCAAAGGCACUUGACUCUACAGUGGUGCUUGAUGUCCAAAAUAUUGCUUGUGGUGGUCGACAUGCUGUGUUGGUCACUAGGCAAGGGGAGAUUUUUAGUUGGGGAGAAGAGUCAGGAGGCAGGCUUGGUCAUGGAAUAGAAAAAGAUAUUUCCCACCCAAAGCUCAUUAAUGCUCUCAGUGGAAUGAAUAUUGAAUUAGCAGCAUGUGGUGAAUAUCACACGUGCGCUGUUACACUAUCUGGUGAUCUUUAUACAUGGGGAGAUGGUACUCACAAUACUGGUCUUCUUGGGAAUGGAAGUGAGGUUAGCCACUGGAUCCCUAAAAGAUUAAGUGGCCAAAUGGAAGGUACACAUGUGGUAUCAAUCUCUUGUGGACCUUGGCAUACAGCUGCCAUAACAUCUUCAGGCCAAUUGUUUACAUUUGGUGAAGGUACUUUUGGUGCCCUAGGCCAUGGAGAUUGUAGCAGCACAAGAAUUCCAAGAGAAGUAGAAUCCCUCAAGGGAUUGCACACAGUGAAAGUAGCCUGUGGUGUUUGGCAUACUGCUGCUGUGGUGGAAAUUGUGGUUGAGGCCUCUGGUUCUGAUAUCUCUUUAUCUCGAAAGCUAUUCACCUGGGGUGAUGGGGAUAAAGGCCGACUUGGGCAUGGUGACAGGGAUUCUAGACUAAUCCCUGAAUGUGUAACUGCUUUGAAUGACACUGAUCUUUGCCAAGUAGCAUGUGGGCAUGACAUCACAAUUGCUCUUACAACCUCAGGAAGAGUAUAUACAAUGGGAAGUACUGUUUAUGGGCAGUUGGGCUGUCCUAGAUCUGAUGGAAAGCUUCCCACUUGCAUUGGAGGUAAGAUCAACAACUGCUUUGUCCAGGAGAUAGCAUGUGGUUCUUAUCAUGUAGCAAUUUUGACUUCAAAAGCCGAGGUUUAUACAUGGGGAAAGGGGGCAAAUGGCCAAUUAGGACAUGGAGAUAAUGAUGACAGAAAUGCUCCUACACUUGUUGAAGCUUUGAAAGAUAAACAAGCUAGGAGUGUUGUGUGUGGUUCAAAUUUUACUGCUGUCAUCUGUCUCCAUAAAUGGGUUACUGGUGCUGAUCAUUCCAUUUGCUCCAGUUGUCACAAUGCAUUUAAUUUCAGAAGAAAGCGUCACAAUUGUUAUAAUUGUGGGCUUGUAUUUUGCAAAGCAUGCAGCACUAAGAAAUCUCUAAAAGCUUCAUUGGCUCCAAACACCAACAAGCCUUAUCGUGUGUGUGAUGAUUGCUUUACUAAAAUUAAAAACUCAAUGGAUUCUGGAUUAAUUUCUCGAUUAUCUAGGACUCAAAGUGGAAGUAUAAGUCAUGUUUCCAGUGACUUAGCAGAAAAAGAUCAGUUGGAUUCUAGAUUACAUGGGCAACUUUCAAGAUUCUCCUCUGAACCACUGAGGCUGGUUGAGAGCAGGCAGCCCAAGGGCAACAGAAAAGUAGAAAAAAGGUUCUGCACUAGCUCUUCUCUUCGGGAGGGAAUUUCAUCAUGGGGAGGUUUUUCCUCAUCAAAAACAUUAGCCUCCUUGAUUGGAAAUUCAAAGAAAGUGUUUUCUGCUUCUGUUCCUGCCUCAAGGACAGGUUCUCGUUCAACAUCUCCUGCAUCAAAAAAGCCAAGUCCACUUCACUCAGCAAUCUCUGCACCACAUAUUCCUUUUCGCACCUCUCGAGUCAGUUUUGAUGAUUCAAAACACACAAAUGACAACCUCAUACAAGAAAUUAUUGGAUUGAAGGCACAGGUGGAAAAUCUGACCUACAAAUCCCAAGUCCUGGAAGCUAAGUUAGAAAGUACAUCAAAGCAACUAAAGGAAGCCACUGCUCUAGCAAGGGAUGAAGCUGAAAAAUGCAAGGCUGCAAAGGAAGUAAUCAAAUGUUUAACCAUACAGUUGAAAGACAUGGCUGAAAGGGUGCCUGGUGGAUUUACUAUCAACAGCGAAUCAGGUUCAGUUGCUGGACAAACAUCCAAUGCUCUAAGCCUUGUUUCUACUGAGAACCACUUGAACAGCCUUACUUCUCUUGAACAAGGUUCCACUGACAUCCAGGCGAAUCCAUACUUAUGCAAUAGAAACCAGGCACAAACUGAACCAACAGAUUGGGUUGUACAAGAUGAACCAGGAGUCUACAUAACUCUUUCCUCCUUGCCAGGUGGUGGCAAUGACCUCAAACGCAUACGCUUCAGUCGGAAACAUUUCAGUGAGAAACAAGCAGAGAAAUGGUGGGCUGAAAACAGGAUAAAGAUCUUCCAGCGGCACAACAUCCUUGGUACAGAGAAAUCCAUAGGCAUUUCAUCAGCAGCACCAGGAGAGAAAGCAGCCUAAAUAAUUGAUACUAAUGAUAUACAUAACCCUCCCCACUAACGGUAAUUGUAAAUUCUUUUUGCACCGCUUAUGUGGGGCUUGCUAUGUUAGAAGGAUCCAUGGGUUAGAUUGCAGGUAGUCGGAAAAGAAUUGAAGCAUUCAAGCAAAUAAGAAAACAUAUAUCAAGGAAUCUGGAUAUUCUGCUGCCUGUGUUGAAUUUAUGCAGUUGUGUCACUCUCAAGUUUACUGGAUGGAUUUCAUGUAUUUCCAGUUGAGGUACUUGUUAGUUUUUCACAGCAUAAUUUUUGUUUUUCGGCCCUUGUUCUCUGGGUUUCCAUUAACUUGUAUUAGACUAGAUUAGAUUUUCUUGAAAGAAACCAAAGAAAAUGCUAGCUUAUUUCACAGAGGAUAGCAUUGAAAAGCUUGUGGAUGCAUGAAACUUAAUUGAUAUUUCCACAGUA